CUGUGACUCUAAGGGACAGAACAAGAAAAAGUUGAGGCAAAGUCUGAGUCAGCUGCAGCAGCCACCAGACACACACAGCAACUCCCUCCACAGUACCAGUUUCCCUCCCUCCUUCUCUCCACCCCCCCCUCUCUCUGUCUUUUUCUGCUCUCACUCUUUCACACACACACACACACACACACACACACCUAAAAACACACACACACACCACUCCUCACUCCUGGCAGAGGGAAGACAGGACCACAGAAGAUCUGUUGCACACCUUUACUAGCAGAUAAUCACCCAAUCAUCGCUUUUGCCAGGAUGUGGACACUUCUCUUGGGGGUCACCCUUGGAUUACUGACCUCGUCCAGGUCAGAGCUACAUCAAGUAAACUCCCGGAGCUGCAGCUUUUCUAGGGUUUUUCUGGUAGAAGGAGCAAGCCGUCACUCCCUGAGUCUUCCCGUGGCUCAGGAGGUGUGUGUGCAGCUUGAGACCACUUUGGCGACUCCAGAACAAGUGGAGGAAGCCUAUCUUAACGGAAUGGAAACCUGCAGGAAUGGCUGGAUGACCAAUGGCAGCAUCGCCAUCCUCAGACACUCGCACCAUGAAAACUGUGCAAAGAACACGACUGGGCUCAUUAUUAACUCAUAUAUAAGCCCUGACAAUCUCUUCGACGCCUACUGCUAUGAUGACAAAGUUGGGCCUGAGCGUAACUGUGAGAAAGCCUUUCGAACAGCAGGAGAUGAGGCAGAACCAGAGUCCACUCCAACAACACAACUCAUGGAUUCUUUUGACAGUGAAACAGGUGGCGCCACUGUAGCACCUGGAGAAGAUGAAAGCUAUGGAGUGAUAGAAAUGAUCACCACAGUCAGUAUUACUCCCGCAGAAGAUCCAAAGGCUCUUGGAGGGAACAAGAACGACACUCAGGGAUUAAAUUUUACAGUUGGUGACAUGGACCAGCCCACUGGAUCUGGAAUGCUGCCAACGCUGCCUGAGGAGGAAGCAGCACCUACAACGGCCCCUGUUGGAGAGUCAGGGGAAACACAAUCUCCCUCUGAAAAUGAGCAGGAGGAUGACAAAAAGGAGCCUGUCAGAGAUCACGAGUCUACUUCAAAACCUAACGGCAGAGGACGUGUCCUUGCUCCCUCUGAGCCUGAGAGCCAGAGUUCGUCAGACUGGCUUGUAAUCAUUGGGGUCAUAGUGGCAGUCGCUGCUAUUCUUAUUGUUUGUGUCGCUGUUGCCAAAAGAAAGAGCCUGUGCGGCAAACGACAGACGCUGAUGAUCACAGCCAAAGAUGGCGGCGAAGGCAAUGGGGCCGCGGCAUCAGCAUCCAGCCCCCACUCCCAGGAGCGGGCGCAGGAGAUGGUGACGCUCAUGAACAAGGAGAAGAUCCAGGAGAAUGGCAACACGGAGGAGUUCACCGUCAUCACGCUAGAGGAGUCGCCAGAUAAAGAGCAGCAGGCGUGAGACGGGGAGGGAGGAGGUGGAGGUGGAGGGGAGAGAGGGCAAAGAGUAGAGGAGGUGGUUGAGAGGGGUUGGAGCAGAUUGAUGUGGGACGGGGCUUCAAUCACUGGGGUUAUAAACUGCUUUGAUGAUCAGCACUGAAUGGAAGCGGAGUGAGGGUCUCUGUGUGAGAUUGUCUAAACGUAAGUGUUUUCUGGGUCUGCGCGGUGUGAGCCAGAUGGUGACCCUCAUCUGGUGACCCGUUUUCAGGACUGAAUGGUCGGUCAGAGAAAGCAAUGCAUGGCUGGGGUAUGAAGCAUCAGUGCAGCAUAGCAGGGUGUGUGAGUGUCUUCUGAAGUCCGUUCUUUGUGUUCUUUGAUGACGGCACUGGAGGGGCUCGGGUUUACA